ACUUCCUCUUAGUGCUGCCGGGACCGUUGGCGAGUGACUUCUCGUUGGGGCUCCCGGAUUACUCGUGUGCUGGACUCUGCGAGCUAAACGAGUAGCGCUCGUGGGCCGGUCAUCAUGUCGCGCUACGGGCGAUACGGAGGAGAAACCAAGGUGUAUGUUGGUAACCUGGGAACUGGUGCUGGCAAAGGAGAGUUAGAAAGGGCUUUCAGUUAUUAUGGUCCCCUAAGAACUGUGUGGAUUGCGAGAAAUCCUCCAGGAUUUGCCUUUGUGGAAUUUGAAGAUCCUAGAGAUGCAGAAGAUGCAGUGCGAGGCCUGGAUGGAAAGGUCAUUUGUGGUUCCAGAGUGAGGGUUGAGCUAUCAACAGGCAUGCCUCGGAGAUCUCGAUUUGAUAGACCACCUGCCCGACGUCCCUUUGAUCCCAAUGAUAGAUGCUAUGAAUGUGGCGAAAAGGGACAUUAUGCUUAUGAUUGUCAUCGUUAUAGCCGCAGAAGAAGAAGCAGGUCACGGUCUAGAUCACAUUCAAGAUCCAGAGGUAGGCGGUACUCUCGCUCACGUAGUAGGAGCAGGGGACGCAGGUCAAGGUCUGCAUCUCUUCGAAGAUCAAGAUCUGUGUCUCUUCGCAGAUCGAGAUCAGCUUCACUCAGACGAUCUAGAUCUGGUUCUAUAAAAGGAUCAAGGUAUUUCCAAUCACGGUCAAGAUCAAGAUCGAGAUCCAGGUCUCUUUCACGACCAAGAAGCAGCCGAUCAAAGUCCAGAUCUCCAUCUCCAAAAAGAAGUCGUUCCCCAUCAGGAAGUCCACGAAGAAGUGCAAGUCCUGAAAGAGUGGACUGAAGUUCUCAAGUUCACCUUUUAGGGAAAAGUUAUUUUGUUUACAUUAUUAUAAGGGAUUUGUGAUGUCUGUAAAGUGUAACUUAGGAGAAGGGUAUUUCAACCAUCUAAUCAAAACGGAUCUGGAUAAUUACUCUGUAAAUUCACAGCAGUAAGAUAAUAUACAUUUUUGUUGAAUGUAUUAACAUCUUAUGGUAUGAAAAUGUGGGUUUUUAUUUGACACAUUUAAAUAAAAUGUUUCUAACUAGAUUUUUGAUUUGUGUUCAGUGUCAAAACUCAAUUUUGGUAAACUUCAGUAGUCAAACUUGGUAUUAAUCAUCUUCAUGCAAACCUACAUUCAAAGUAUAUGUUAAGCCUUGAGCAUUAAUAACUAUAGUAUACACAUACACCUAGAAAAUUUCCAUUUAGUCCUUAGGUUAGGAAAGAUAGGUCUUGAGUUCCCCUGAAGAGCAUGAAUACCUCAUGACAAAUUCUAAAGUUACAUUGUAGUUGAUGUUAUUAAACAUCAAACUAUUGCUCUCUGCUGAACUAGAGGGACCACUCAUUUACCUAUAAUUGAAUGUGACAGGAACUUAAGCAGAGGGCUUAAUGGUGUGAGAAAUAGCUGGAGAGAAAAGAUAGGAGAACUUGAGGUUUGUAGGCUAUUGGAUGGUGUCAAAUUAGAACUCGCAAUCUUAGCCUUUACUCAGUGUUCUUAGGUUUUUCUUUUAAACAUAACCAGUUAAAUACCAGAAUUUUUGCAUGUUUAAGGAAUUGUUUGAAUUUGGGAACAAACAUGUUCAUGUAAACCAGCUUUGCAAAAUUUUCCAGCCCAGAAGAUACUCUUCCUCUAUUCAGAUGGAUUGCCUUAAUGUGAACAGAGAUCUGUUAAUUACUGAGCUAGGUUUUCGGUUACUGAUCAAUAUACCUUGCUAUUUUGCCAGGCUGGUGCCAAGUAAUUACAAAAGAUGUCAAUCAGAAAUGUUAAUGAGACAAGUGGUUUUGUAAAUUGCCUAUAUUUAGCAACACCUCGUAGUUUUUUGGUAGCAUCUGGUAGCUCUUAGAAUGGUAUAACCAGUAGAUUAUUCAGACUUUAAGUAUAGUAGGUCAAUAACAGUGACUUGAGUUUUUCUGAUCAAGUUUUUACUGAGUAUUCUGUACCCUUGAUGCAAAAAAAAAAAAAAAAAAAAGUGCUGAUGGCACAGGUACCUGCCUUUGUCCGUUUUUCUUUGUUUUUCAAAAAAGGUACUGAACAGUAUUGCAAUUGGAAUACAAGUAUACAAGUCUCAAGACCUCAAAUAUCUGUUGGUCUGAAUGAUCACUGGUAUGUUGGAGUUUGGGAUGCUUUGAUUUUGGAAUUUUGACAACUGGUUGAAUUACGGGUGGUAUAAAGCUGUGUACUAUUGGCAGGCUUACUUGUUGCACUUAGUCAGCUUUAAUUGUUCUGUAUUAUAUAAAGAUAAGUUUGCUCAACAAUAAAUGCAGA